CUUAACAGUAAGUAUUAUUUAUUAGUUUUUAACAGCAAUUGUUAUUGUCUUAUAAAUAAGAACAUCUCAAUUUUAAAUUAGUCUUCUUCAACAUGGUUUUAACUAAAUCAAAACUGUUUGUCUUUUUGUCUUUAAUUAAAAUUGUAUUAAGUGAUGUAUCUAAAGUUGAACGUUUAGAAAAUAUUAUCAAAAUAGGUAUUCAAAAUGCUAUUAAAUAUCAGUUACCAAACGAUGCUAAAUUCUAUAAACCUAAAGCAGAAAAUAAAAUAAAAGAUUAUGGUACCUUUGAUUAUGUUAUUGUUGGGGGUGGUACCAGCGGUACGGUUAUUGCAAAUAGGCUAUCAGAAAUUGAAAAAUGGUCUGUUCUUGUUUUGGAAGCUGGAAAUUUUACUGACAACGGUUUCAUUCAAUUUACCAGGUACUUCAACCUCCACAGUUUCUCAGAAUACAGUUGGGGUUAUAAAACAGUACCUCAAAGUACUGCGUGCUUAGGUACCGUUAAUCAAACCUGUAUGAUUCACCGUGGAAAAGGUGUUGGCGGUACAAGCCUAAUAAACGGCGUCAUAUAUAGUCGAGGACAUCCAGAAAACUACAACCAUUGGGCGAAAAUAGCAAAAGAUCCAUCUUGGUCCUAUAAAAAUGUCUUAAAAUACUUCAAAAAAUCAGAAAAGUUCCACUGGACCAACAAAAAAGCAGCUGUAGAUCUAAAUUCUCACGGUACCACUGGACUAUUGGACGUUCAACAAAGAGUACCUAAUUUUUUCCUUAGCGACAUUUUUGUUGAAGCUAACAAGAAAUUAGGAAUUGAUACAACAGAUUAUAAUGGUGCUGAUACGAUCGGCACCUCCAUUUUUCAAAUUUACACUAAAAAUGGUACCAGAGAAGAUAUGGGAUCUGUUUUUAUCACUCCUUUCUUGAAGAGAUCUAACUUAAAGAUCUCCACAGAGAGUUACGUAACGAAGAUCGAGAUUAAUAAACUUACUAAAAUUGCUGAAAGUGUAAUUUUCUCCAAAAAAGGAAAAACUUAUAGAGUAAAAGCUGCAAAGGAGAUAAUACUAUCAGCAGGAGCUAUAUCUAGUCCUCAGAUACUAAUGUUAUCCGGCGUAGGACCCAAAAAGCAUCUAGAAGAAUUAGACAUACCCUUAAUUGAAGAUCUAGAAGUUGGAAGCAAACUUAAAGAUCAUCCAGCCAGCAGAGCUUUAAUUUUUUCAUCUAAUCUAACAUUACAAGCGCAAAGCCUAACCAAACAAGUCGAAGACUACUUAAAAGGCGAAGGAACCUUAACGGCACCCACUCUAGCUCAAGCUGUUGGUUUCUAUGAUAUAAAUAAUUCCAAUAAGUCAGCUCCAAAUUUGGAAAUUAUAUCAGAUUUGGCUCAAGCGUCAGAUUUAGAAAAGAAACUCUUAGGUUGGACCAACCAAACUUUUAAAUCUUAUUGGGGAACAACCAAAAACGCUAUAGGGUUUCUAGUAUGCAAUGUAGCUCCAAAAUCUUUCGGCACCAUCAGAUUGAAAUCUAAAGAUCCCUACAAAUUUCCUGCUAUAGAUUCGAGGUUAUUAUCCGACAACAAAAAUGAAGAUAUCGAUGUCAUGUACAGAGGAAUUGAAUUCGUUUUUAAAUUAACUCAAACGGAAUCUUACAAAAAAUUUAACUUGCAAUAUAUGGGCGAUCCUCUAGUGCCCUGCAAACAUCUGGAAUUCAAAUCAAAAGAAUAUUGGUACUGUUUUUUGAGACAAACAACCUUGACUGCUUACCACCCUGUUGGUACGUGUCCCAUGGGCACCGAUACCAAAAAAGGAGCGGUUGUGAAUUCUGAUUUGAAAGUUUUUGGUGUGAAAGGUUUGAGGAUAGCCGAUACCAGUAUUUUUCCUACACCAAUUGCUGGACACCCGUCGAUACCUUGUUUAAUGGUAGGAGAAAGAGUUGCUGAUAUUAUUAAGACGGAAAAUUUUGGGUAUUGUCCAAGGGACUCUUUUUAAAUUUGUAAGAUGUUUAAUGGGAUUAUUAUUUUAGUUGGUCAAAUAUUAACAUGCUUAUUUUAGUGAUCAUAUUUAAUGUUAUUACGUAAAAUAGUAGAAAAUACCUGCAAAUCAAAUAAAAACAAGAAUUACAGGU